AUGCCAGCUGAUUAUAACGGGUAUUGGAAAAUGAUCGCUAGUGAUAACUUCGAUGAGUACUUGAAGGCCCUCGAUGUGAAUGUUGCCAUCAGGAAAAUUGCCACCUUGUUGAAGCCUGACAAAGACAUCACACAAGAUGGUGAUCACUUUAUUAUCAAGACCCUUAGUACAUUUAAGAACUACAAUAUGGAUUUCGUCGUGGGCCAGGAGUUUGAGGAGGACCUGAGUGGAGUCGAUGACAGAAAAUGCAUGACAACUAUAUCCUGGGACGGAGAUAAGCUGGUGUGUGUGCAAAAAGGAGAGAAAGAGGGCAGGGGUUGGACUCACUGGAUUGAGGGAGAUGAGCUACAUUUGGAGCUGAGAGCUUGUGGAGUGGUGUGCAAGCAGGUGUUCAAGAAAUCCUAA